AUGGACCACUUCGUUCAGAGCCAGAAGGACCCUCAAGGUACUGUCGUCGCUAUCAAGGCUGGUGAUGGUGCAGGCGCCUCAAACACUUUGGUAAGUAUCCGCAUUGUUGGGUUGCGCAACGCUAAUACGAUCAAACAGGGUGGUAAAAUCUCCCAGGUAUAUGCCUACAACGCCCAAAAUGUCAAGAUCGGGUCAGCUGGAAAGCAGACAAUGGCUGGCAAUGGCGACUAUCUGUCCUUCACCGUCGAUCAGAAUGUCCCAGGUUCGCAGGGUCAGUAUAUCGGUAUUCAGAAUAGCAAGGAUGCUACCUGUGUCGCAUGGAUCACCGUCCAAUCGCAUGACAACACUCCAAAUGGUGUAUGGACCGGAGAUAUCGGACGAAUGUGCGGCCAAACCUGGUUUGAGAACCAGGAACAGGCAGGCUAUCUCCAAGACGGAACCCCAUACCGACCUUCUUGCACCUGGCUCGAUGCAGGCCACGAUAGUGAUAUCCCCAGCGCGUCCAUGAAAUUCGCAGCCUAUGCAUACGGCGGCGAACUCAGCCACGCCACCCUUGAGGAUGCAUGUGCCUACACAAUCUUUGCGCAUGACGAAGGCGAGAUCACCAGUAAGUCAUCUGGACGAAGCAACCUUCUCCCCCGCGCCCGCCUCCCCUGGAUGGAAACCAAACUCGUCAUCUCCAACAUCGCCACUCACAGCGCUACCAACCUAUGCAACUCUGCCACCAGCUGGGGUCCUGACUUUGCCACUCUCAACGAAGGCAAACUUUGCGAUAUGUCGACCAAAACCCUGUAUACGCUUUGCUCAAAGGAAAACGUCGAUGGUUGCGUGGACAUCUCGACUGCUUCAGGCAACGGCACUGCAACCCAGCCUUCGGUGGCUAUGCGCAAGGUUUCGGUGGCGAAGAGAACUGUGAACAGUUCAAUCAGGUCGUACGAGGACACGGCUAUCUGGGGUGACGACAACUGA